AUGUCUGUCACCGCUGCUUCAAACAUGGAUGUACCGUGGAGGACAUGGCCAAAGUUCUCAAAGUACACGGACGACCGAAUGUGCAGGCCUUCCUCUGAGCGAAACGAGUGGCCAGUGCGCGUGCGCAGUUUCAGGCAGCUGCUGAACAUUGCCCAUGCACUGAAGCGCACUGCUCGUGGCUCCGGGUCAGAGGCUGUCGAUUGGGUCAUCCAUUUGGACCACGAUGAACUAUUUCUUCCACCGCCACAGGGUCUGCAGGCUCAUCUCAGGCACCUCGACACAAGUGACUGCCGUCUUUGCCUAUACCAGAACUUUGAAGCAGUGCCACAGGAUCAUACUUUGACUCCCUUCGUUGACGUAACCACGUUCAAGGUGCCCAGCGGUCGUGUAAGCAAGACGCCGGCUGGCAUGGCUGGCAUGAAUUUCUGGGCACAGCGAACGAAA